AUGGCAAAAAAACACCCGUCAUAUCACCAGCUCCCUAUCGAUAUUAAGUACCCUUCCCAUUCUGCUUGGGGAAUCUGGGGCGACGAUGAUACAAUUGGAACACUUAACUUACUUCCAACGAAAGAUCACAUUAUGGAAACGCUCGGAUUUACCAAAAACAAGCAAGAAGGCAAAUUGAUGUUUUCUUUAAGUUGGAUUCCCCAGCGACCCAACCGGCACCUUUUUAACAGAGGACAUAUCCCGCGUACCGUUCGAGCGAGAGCCGAUGAUAUCGAAAUUGAGCAUUAUGAUGACAUUAUACUCAGCACUGUGUCACCGACUGAAUGGCAUAGCUUACGCUCCUUUGCGUGUGCAGAUGAUACAUAUUGCCGGUUCUAUAACGGGGUUCCUGCUGCAGAGCUCGCAUCUGGACGGUUUGCAACACAACCGGAAAUUACUGGUCGAGCGGUGCUGUUGGAUUAUGGCAGGUGGCGAGCUGCUGCCACUGAAGAAUAUAAUCCAUUACUAAGGACAGCAAUCACUGUUGAUGAGCUUCACAAGGUGGCACAGACGCAAGGUAUCGAAGAUUUCAGCCGGGGCGAUAUACUAUUGCUACGGACGGGUUGGACCGCCGCAUAUGAGAUUGAAGCAAGACACGCGAAUGACACUGGAUUCGAUCUUAUGAAACCACAGUGCCCUGGAAUUGAAGCAUCCGAGGAUAUGUUCCGGUGGCUCUGGAAUUGCGGGUUUGCUGCAUUGGCUACGGAUAGCUUUUCGUUUGAAGCGUUUCCACCCAAAUGCGAUGAUGGACCGUCUUGUCAUUCUCGGGUUAUUGGUGGUUGGGGAAUGACAGUAGGUGAGCUUUUCAAUCUUGAGGAAAUAGCGGAGAGUUCCGCAACAGAUGGAGUGUACGAAUAUUACUUCACAAGUGGGGUAGAAAACAACAAGGCACAGAAAGCCACACCGUUUUUUAAUGCAGUUUGUAUCAAAUAA